GGCAAGAAGUCUGCGGGCGGCGGCGGCGGCGGCGGCGCGGGCGGCGGCGGCAGCAGCAGCGGCGGCGGGAGCCCGCAGUCGUACGAGGAGCUGCAGACGCAGCGGGUCAUGGCCAACGUGCGGGAACGCCAGCGCACGCAGUCGCUGAACGAGGCGUUCGCCGCGCUGCGGAAAAUCAUCCCCACGCUGCCCUCGGAUAAGCUGAGCAAGAUCCAGACCCUCAAGUUAGCGGCCAGGUACAUCGACUUCCUCUACCAGGUCCUCCAGAGCGACGAGCUGGACUCCAAGAUGGCAAGCUGCAGCUAUGUGGCCCACGAGCGGCUCAGCUACGCCUUCUCGGUCUGGAGGAUGGAGGGGGCCUGGUCCAUGUCCGCGUCCCACUAGCAGGCGGAGCUCCCCACCCCCUCGGCAGGGCCGGAGACCUAGAUGUCAUUGUUUCCAGAGAAGGAGAAAAUGGACAGUCUAGAGACUCUGGAGCUGGAUAACUAAAAAUUAAAUAUAUAUGCCAAAGAUUUUCUUGGAAGUUAGAAGAGCAGAACCCAAAUUCAAAGAAACAGGGCGUGGGGCGCACUUUUAAAAGAGAAAGCGAGACAGGCCCGUGGACAGUGAUUCCCAGACGGGCAGCGGCACCAUCCUCACACCUCUACAUUCUGAUAGAAGUCUGAACAGUUGUUUGUGUUCCUUUUUUUUUUUUUUGACGAAGAAUGUUUUUAUUUUUAUUUUUUCAUGCAUGCA